GCAAGCUGCCCCAAGAAACAAACGACCCCCCGCAUACGCAACAAAUCGCAGGUCUAUCAACUGUCACCACUCCACGACACAACCUCACCCUCACCCUGUCCUUCACUAUUGCCCUGUAAUGUCUGAAGGUGCACCUGAGAAUCGAGACGCUCAGAUAGCGCAGCUUGCAAGCUUGACCGGUCUCGACCCUGCACAGGCAGAAGGCUACCUAAACGCUUCCAACGGAGAUCUUGCUCUCGCCGCAUCACUCGCCCUCGACGAAUCCGCCGAACCAGUAGAAGACGCUUCUGACCCCGACGUCGACAUGGCCGGUGACGAUCAACCCACGAAUCCCAACCCCAACCCUCCACAACAGCCAGUGCCUGGUGGUGGACGCACUCUCGGCGGUGCCUAUGUCCCCCCAGCGGCAGACGCAUCAUCCUCAUCCUCACAACCUCCGGCUACCAGUAGACAAGCCCCGCAGCGGGGUCUGCGGACGCUCAAGGACCUGCAGUCUUCGGGUGGCGGUCACGGACAUGGACACGCUCACGAUGACGGAGACCGCGACUCAGACGAGGACUUCCAAGACGAUGAGAACCAGGACUUCUUCGCUGGUGGUGAGAAGUCGGGUCUCGCUGUUCAAAAUCCCAACCAGUCCAAUCCACGCGACCAGAUCAACAACAUCUUGAAGAGGGCACGACAAAAUGCUCCCCGGCCUGGCGGUGACGAAGAGGAACCGGCUAGCUCUCACUUCCGCGGCGCAGGAACCACGCUCGGUGGCGACGAUGCUCCCUCGCGUACUGUCCCAGACCCCAACGCCAACAUUCCCGCGCCGCCUCCGCGUGCCCAUCGCGAGCUCCACCUCUGGCGUGACGGCUUCUCGGUGGACGACGGCGCUCUCUUCCGUUAUGACGAUCCUGCCAACGCACGCACGCUUGAGAUGAUCAAUACAGGUCACGCUCCGCUGCACAUUCUGAACGUCGAGCAUGGACAAGAGGUGGAUGUUGAGGUACACGCGCACAAGGACGAGGACUACAAGCAGCCAAAGAAGAAGUACGUUCCCUUUUCAGGCUCUGGAAACCGUCUUGGUAGUCCGACCCCUGGUGCGAGCUCCGCGGCUGCUCCCAUCUCGGCUACAACGUCCAGUACCACCACGACAGCCUCGACGUCGGCCGGCUCUGCGCAACCUACCGUCGACGUCGACGCCUCUGCGCCCAUCGUCACGCUGCAGAUUCGUCUCGGUGACGGCACGCGGUUACAGUCGCGCUUCAACACGACACAUACUAUUGGCGACGUCUACGACUUCGUGGCCAGGGCUAGUCCGGCGAGUCAGGAGCGCGAGUAUGCGCUUAUGACGACGUUCCCCUCAAAGGAGUUGACGGACAAGGCGCAGGUGCUUGGUGACAUGGCCGAGUUCAAGCGUGGUGGUGUGGUGGUGCAGAAGUGGAAGUAGGUAAUGCUCAUCAGAAGUCACGGGUACGCCAUCCCGCUUCAAGCUGUGUUGGGGUGGGGGGAACGGGCGAGCUAGGUCAGAAGCUAGCGUCGUGGGCAAACGUGCCACGUCAGCCUCAUCUUGGAUCGUCCACACGUGCGGCGGACAGUGUGAGAUUAGACGAGAGUAUUUGAUAAGGCACAAUGGCAAAGGGUGUGAUGGGAUCCUGGGCAGGACAAGAUUGGAAAAGACCAUGGUCGUCCAGAUGGCAUGAGUAAAUUAGAAUUGGAGCCAAGCCGACGCCGCUGAGCAACAUGUGAUGGCUACUUCCAGAUGGCAUUGUGCUCUGCAUUGCAUUCUUUUUGAUGUUCGCACGUUGCACGGCGCGCCGCCUAGCUGGACACGAUGAUAGUAGUGUGGUGCGUGUAGCGAAUCGACAGCAGCCAAGUUAUCCUUUCUUGAUGCUCCUAUUUUAUCCAAAUGACAUGCACCUCUCGUU